ACUAUGCCCGGGACGGACUGUGAACCACUACAAACUUUUAUUUUUUAAUCAUAACCUAACUAAUUGGGAAGGGGUAUAUUUACCAUUUUCAAUACAAGAGCUAUAAAAUCAGAAGCUCUAAUUAACAAUCUGUCGGGAUGAGCAAUGUGUAUAUUUUGGAACCACCAACCUCAGCGAAGGUUUUAUUACAAACAACGGUGGGUGACAUAGAUAUAGAGCUAUGGGCCAAGGAAACUCCCAAAACAUGUCGAAAUUUUAUACAGCUAUGCAUGGAGGGCUAUUACGAUGAUACCAUCUUUCAUCGUGUCAUUAAAGGGUUCAUUGCACAAGGUGGAGAUCCGGAAGGUACCGGAGCAGGUGGCGAGUCUAUUUAUGGCGAACCGUUCAAAGAUGAAUUUCAUCAACGCCUCAAAUUUGUACGGAGAGGUCUAGUGGCAAUGGCCAAUGCAAGCCCAGAUGAUAAUGGAUCACAAUUCUUCUUUACACUCGCUGCUACACCUGAACUGCAGAAUAAACACACAAUUUUUGGUAAAGUUACAGGCGAAACAGUGUUUAAUAUGCUUAAGUUGGAGGAUGGGUUAAUCGAGGACGAACGUCCAGUGUUUCCUCAUAAGAUUCUUCGUACAGAAGUCUUGUUGAAUUAUUUUGACGACAUUGUACCCAGACAAAAGGAAGUUCCGGAAGUGGAAAAGAAGAAGAAGGUGAAAACUCCUGGGGUGAAGAACUUUAAGCUGCUGUCGUUCGGAGACGAAGCAGAGGGUGAUGAAGAGGAGGUUGUGGAAGUUACCAAAAAAUUUGCAGGGAAGAGUAAAUCUACACAUGAUGUUUUAAACGAUCCAAAAUUAAGUGCCGAAACUUCUUUUGGGGAAAAGCGUGAUCAUGUUGAAGAUGGAGAGGCCGAGCAGGAUUUAGAGCAGCAACUGCAAAAUAUUAGAAAGAAAUUAAAAGCCGAAUCACAAAAGACUUACAUCAAGAAAUCGUUACUCUUUGAAGAUGAAGAUGAAAUAAAGAAAAGAAAACAGGAAGAAAUAAAGAAAGAGAUUGAGAGCGUGAAAAAAGAGUACCACAAAAAUAAACUACAAAAACUCAAAGAAGACGCCUCGCAAAACCAGCAAGACUUGCACAGAAGCGAGACUUUGCAAGAAUACGAAAGUGGCAAUGCAAAAUACAAGGAUGUCAGUAAUUCAUUCCCAAAGAAAGGUUCGAGUAGGGAAGAGUUUACACUAAAUCUUUUAUCCAAGUUCAAGCAAAAAUUGCAAGCAGUCAAGGACAAGGAAAGAGAAGAACAAGAAGCAGUGGAGGCUGCUAACGCUAAGGCUAAUGAGGAAAUUAACGACGAUCCUGAGAAGGAGGAUGAUAGUUGGUUAACACACGAGUUGCACUUUAUAAAUGAUGAACCAGUUCUGGCCAAAGAUGCCAAUACAAAAGGUGAUGAUUGGUUUGAAAUUUAUGAUCCAAGAAAUCCUUUAAACAAGCGAAGAAGGGGCGAAACUUCUUCUACGUAGUCAUAAAAAUUUGACUUUGUAUAUAAUUCUAAGAAAUAACGAAAUAAAUUAAACAUUUUUGUAUCAUCUAA